CCCGAACACGGAUUUUGACUCCAGCUCGAGUACUUUGCACGGACUGCUGUCACGUCACCCCGCCCGUCUCCUCCCUGCAAUCUUAUUGCGACCAUCCCUUUUGAGCGCAUCUGAACUGGAGAGAGAGAGCGAGAGAAAAAAAAGGAGAGAGCGAGAGAAAUCCCAAAUAGAUUCAGGCACCAACAUUACCUACCUGCUCGAGCGAAAUACGGGGAGGACGCUCAAAUACGCGCGCGUCCACGCGCACUCGUUGAGUAGCAAGACAAUAUAAGGCAGAAAUAAAAAGCAAAAUUGGAAUUGGACUUUUCAACACGAAGGCUAUUCCUUAAAAAUAAAAAUAUAAGAAUACAGCUUUACUGAAAAAAGCAACAGCCAUGCAUCUAAACAGAGAAGAAGGGAACAGCAAAGGGGAAGAGGAACAAGCCUGGUGUGGAAGCAGCCAGCACCCCAGAUUCAGUUCAGAUUCGUGGCCGAGGGGAAAACAAAGCCAUCAACUAACCCAGCAGUCCUCUCCCUCCUCUGUCACCAUACCACCUGUUCUCCCAUUCCCCCUUUCAUCACUCUCCUCCCUGUUUCAUUUCUCUCUUUCUGUCUCUCUCCCUUUUUCCAAAAUAUGUUUUAUCUGUGUAACCAACCUUUGUUGUUUCACUUUGACUUAUAACAUACUGUAUAUUACUCUGUGAUUGACGUUGAAUAUAUGUUUAACUCUUUCACUGUUUUCUAAUCCCUUGUACAGAGGAAGGUAUAAUCUAUUCAUUUGUCCAUGAGUCUGGAUGCUGUGUAAACUCACAGAAUAGAUGAUAUGCUUUUCCCAUAGCCCAUCCCCUUUAGACCGAUAGACUUUUUACCUUCCUUAAUUCACUUGUUUUCCUACUUUCUUUUCAAAGACAUAAAUGUUUUCCUCUGAAACUCUAUUAGGAACAUUAUAAUGGAAUUACUUUUAUAAAUGCAGGGCCAGGGCCGGAUUACCGAACGGGCACGUGCCCCUAGGCCCCUGACCUCCAGGGGGCCCCUAACCCAUUUUUUUGUGUUAAAUUGGGGGGCCCCCAGAUAGCAUACGAUAUCAAAAUGUGUGGAAUUGCAGGACAUUUGGUUUAAAACUGCAACGUUUUUCUCCGCCUCAUGGCAAAAUGUAUAGAAUAACAGGAAAUUACCUUGAAAACGGCUAAACCUUCCCUCAGCCUCAUGGCAAAAUGUGAACAAAAGCAUGAGAUGAGCAAUAAAACAGUACAUUCUUCUCUCUGCCUCAUGGAAAAGAAGUGUAGAAUUGCAGGAAAUUAGCACAAAAAAAAUUGGCAGCUCAUUGCAUUAUUUAAUAAUCAUGAUUUUAGUGCAGUUUGGGAGUACAAGCUAGACAGAUCUGGGCAGACAGGGGGCAGAGACCAGCAUCUUACCUCUGUGACACUGCAGAAAAAUGGGCAAAUGAGAUGGCAGUUGACGAUUUAAUGUAGAAUUAUGAAUCCCUCCUAUGAAAAUGUUACAUUUUUCUCUUGUCGACUUUAUAUUCACUUUAAAGGACCUGUUCAACAAAGUUCUUGAUAUAGAUUUAUUACCCAUGGCCCUCGCCGACCACCAAGCCAUGCUUUGCAGACCCGCUAUCAGAAAUGACAAACAACUUUUAAUUUACAGGGCAAAUCCUUCUUCUUUUAUUUGCAACUUCACUCUGCCAUGCGAGCAUAUGAUGUCCCCUGGGGCGAAACACUACCAACUCACCCCCUCCGCAACAUUUUUGAGAACCGGCCUCAACCCAGGGGACUGUUUUCUGAUCUAUACUUGCAUUUCUUAAAAGCAUUUUAGAAGCCCCUGCCAAUUUACCUACUAUAGAAGAGAGACCUCUUACCUUCAUUCACUGAAAUGAACUGGUCUGUAAAUCUCUGUUCUAGAAAUCCUAAUUAUCAGAAUAUCCAUUUUAAUUUUGUCCACAGAUCUUAUCUUACCCUGCGCAGACUAUUCCAAAGGAAAAUUAAUCCAACCCCGAAAUGCUCUCUAUGCCUUCAAGGUGCUCCUGGUACCUGUGGGUCGGUGCAACUGUCCUGUGGUGGGAGGUGUGGGUGGGCACAUUGGUCCUGUGGGAGAAGGUAAAGGUUUUCUCUCUGCAUCAUGGGAAAAUGUGUUGAAAUGUAGUAAGUUAGCUGAUUUCAGAAAUUGGGGCCCACGGAGGUCGAUGCCCCAGGGCCCCUACCCCUAAUGUGGUAGUCUGGCCUUGUGCAGGGCCCCUACCCCUAAUGUAUUUCACAAUUAUUUUCUACAAAUAUUAGAGGUGUAUCUCUAUUGCCUGGAUUGACAUUUCUCUCAUUCAUCUAUUAAACUAAGGUUGUUUCCCUAUCCUGUCUCUCUCCAAGAAACAUCCUUCAAUUUGCUCCACUGUGAUUGGCUCUGCUGCUCUGACCUAUCUUUCUUUCUGUCUCUGAAACUCCUCCCUCCUACUCCACUGUGAUUGGCUGUACUGCUCUUACCUGUCUCUCUCUCUGGCCACAGUGAUCUAGACAGGGACUUUUGGAAUAACAAUGACAGCAGCAACGUGCAGCAGAGAUGGAGCUCCUACCCGCCCAAGGAGUUCCUCUUAAACAUGUCCCCCUAUGCCCCGUAUGGAGACCCUCGCCUCACGCCCAAUUUUGGGGACCCCUCCCUCUCAGCCGCCUCUACUCUGGAGCACAUUCCAUCCUCUGCAGCAGCCCGUCCUCGUCCCCUGGUGCGACAGCAGAGUCUCCAGCAGCCUCUCAGCCACCAGCCCCCUCCGGGCCCCAAUGACCCCCCAGCCACCUCCCAGAGCCUGGGCCAGCUGCACACAGGGCCCGGGGGCGGGGGGCACCGGGGAGGCCCGCGGGGGGUGCGGGGGAGUCCGGCGGGGACAGGUGCUUCCCGGUACAGAGGAGCAGGAGGAGGACGAUCCAGGUCCAACCCAGGCAGCUGGGACCACAUGAUGGGGCAGAUCCGCAACAGAGGACUGGAUGUCAAGUCUUUCCUAGAGGGGAAGAUGGUUGUUCUGUCUCUAGCGAUCGGGCUGGCUGAACAAGAUGACUUCGCCAACCUCCCAGAUCUACAGGAAGCACCAGCGUGCCAAGAAAACUCAACUCCACCGGACAAAUCAAGCAGGAGCCUGGGUAAACCUGGGAGCCAGACCCCAGAUGAGGCAGGCCGCCUCGGGAACUCCUCUGUCACAGACCUGACCAACUCUGUCACCACCAGCGACAUUCACAUGCUCUCUCCAGGCUCAGAAGAGGACACAGAAGGGCCUGUGGUUGAGAAGCUGGGCCGGAUUCAGUUCAGUGUGGGUUACAGCUUCCAGGACUCCACCCUGACCGUCAAGAUCCUUACGGGCCAGGAGCUCCCCGCCAAGGACUUCUCUGGCACCUCAGACCCCUUCGUCAAACUCUACCUGCUGCCUGACAAGAAGCACAAGCUGGAGACCAAGGUCAAGAGGAAGAACCUCAACCCUCGCUGGAACGAGACCUUCCUGUUUGAAGGGUUCCCCUAUGAGAAGGUGAUCCAGAGGACCCUCUAUAUGCAGGUGCUGGAUUACGAUCGCUUCAGCAGGAACGACCCCAUCGGGGAGGUGUCCAUUCCCCUUAACAAGGUGGACCUGGGCAACCAGCAGACCUACUGGAAGGAGCUGAAGCCCUGCAGCGACGGCAGCGGGAGUCGAGGAGACCUGCUGGUGUCACUAUGCUACAACCCUCAAGCCAACACCAUCACUGUGACCAUCAUCAAAGCCCGCAACCUCAAAGCCAUGGACAUUGGAGGCACCUCCGAUCCCUAUGUGAAGCUGUGGCUGAUGCACAAGGACAAGCGUGUGGAGAAGAAGAAGACGGUGACAAUGAAGUGCUGUCUGAACCCCGUGUUCAACGAGUCCUUCCCCUUCGACGUCCCCGCCCACGUGCUCCGAGAGACCACCAUCAUCAUCACCGUCAUGGACAAGGACAAGCUCAGUCGCAAUGACGUCAUCGGCAAGAUCUAUCUCUCGUGGAAGAGUGGUCCGGCGGAGGUGAAGCACUGGAAGGACAUGAUGGGUAAACCUCGUAAUGCCGUGCAGCAGUGGCAUGCCCUCAAGGCCUGAUACUGUAGGUCCUUCACAUCCAUCCAGACCAUCCCAGCCCCCUGCCCUGCCCUGCCCUCCCACCCUAUCGUUAUGCACAAGGCUGACUCGCUGCAGAACAUGGGUACAAAUAGCCAUCCAACGCAUCCACCCUCUCCUCCUGCCUGUCCUCUCUCAGAUCCCUAAUGAACUUCUCCUUCCUCUACUCCCCUCUGUUUAGCCAGGUCCUUUCUGAGUCUUGUUGCUUUUAAGUCAUACCUUCCUCUCAACCAUUGUUUUUUCUCCUUAGUCCACCUUUACUCUGUUUUUACUUUGGAGCAGUUCCCUCUGCCAGCCCUAGGGUGAGCCUCAGCCACCAACAAAAACAGGUUCAAAUAGACCAGAUAAGAAUCCUGCGUAAGGAGCUGGUGAAGGGCCUGUCUUUCAGGAAACAUUAUAUCUGUGACUGUGUGACAGACUGACCGACAAGGAAUCCAGUUCCACCAUUAAUCCUGUGUCUCUCCAUCGUUCUCCUGUGGCAGUGAGGGGAGGCUUCUUCUCUCCCUAAUCACUGCUCUCUCUGUCGUCAGAAGCAAUCUGGUUGGCUGUUCUUUUUUUUUUUUGCUUCCCACGUUGACCUUUUGGUCCGUUCUCUUCUGCAAACACACAGAGAAUAUAACAGGAAGGAUCGAUAGAGAGAGAGAGGCAAACCAAUGGAAUAGAAGAGGGAUGGACUGUCUGGAUGAUAAUGGAAUUAGACGUGACACUGUCACUCCACCCCGUUCAUCAUCUCUGAUCUCUUUCUCUCCCACCACUGUAGUGAUUCUUCCCUGGCUGGACCCCCUUGUUGUCUGUGCGUGCUGUGGGUGAUGUGCUGUAACUCCAAAUGAAGUUCUAGAUGAAAAAAGGAGAACAUGACUGAUCAUUUACACUGGUCCAUGGGGGAAAUGUAAAAAGACGUUCCUAUUUUCCGGAGAGAAAAAAAAAGAAUAAUGACAGAAAAAGAGUAAAGUCAUCAAUGUUGUGUUUUGUUUUUAAAAAGCCUAAAGAGACCAAUCAAAAUGUUCUUCCAGAGACAGUAAAUAGAAGCAAAAAGACAGCUAUUAUUCUGUCGAAUUCUCUGUGUGUGUGUGUGUGUGUGUGUGUGUGUGUGUGUGUGUGUGUGUGUGUGUGUGUGUGUGUGUGUGUGUGUGUGUGUGUGUGUGCGUGUGUGUGUGUGCGUGCGUGUCAGCGAAAGUUAGAGCGUGAAUGCGAGUGCAAGUGUGUAAAAGUAUUGGGCUUGCACUGCUAUCAAAUGAAUAACGACAAUAUUACUGAUAAUAAUGAUGACAAUAAUAAUCAUCAGUAUUCUACUGGAUAUGUUUGAAGACUUGGAGAGGUCACAGCAGCUAAGCAGUGACAGAGAGAGAGGGGUACAGUCUGUGGGGUAGUGCCUGCUGCCUGGUGUGGAACGGUAAGCAGAGGAGGAACUUGACAUGAACCACCAGUCUUCAUCUGAGCUGCUUUCUCUCAAUUGCAUCAUCCACUGCAGAUAACCACAAAUAAAUGCCCCUCUCCCAACCAAGUCAGUUUAGUUUAUAAUGGAGCACUAAGCCAAUUGAUCUUGUCCCCAUCAAGGUUGGUAACGUUACCUGUUUGUCUCUGUCAGUAAUUUUGUGUAAUUCUGCCUGUCUGUUGGAACGUGUGUCUGUCAGUUGGUCUGUAAGUCAUUUAGUCAACAUCUUAUUCAUUAGUGUGCAUGUUACAGAACACAUUGUUAUAAGAAUGUUAGUAGAUAAAUGUUUAGGGUCUUAGUGGAAGGCUGUUCCAUUACUGGCCAAACCCCCUCUGCUCUGUCCUGCUCCAGACGUUAGAUAGUUAGGGUGUUAGUGGGUCUUCAGGACCAGGGCUGUUUCAUUACAGACCAAACCCCCUCUGUUCUGUCCUGCUCCUGAUGUUAGAUAGUUAGGGUGUUAGUGGGUCUUCAGGACCAGGGCUGUUUCAUUACUGGCCAAACCCCCUCUGCUCUGUCCUGCUCCAGACGUUAGAUAGUUAGGGUGUUAGUGGGUCUUCAGGACCAGGGCUGUUUCAUUAUAGACCAAACCCCCUCUGCUCUGUCCUGCUCCUGAUGUUAGAUAGUUAGGGUGUUAGUGGGUCUUCAGGACCAGGGCUGUUUCAUUAUAGACCAAACCCCCUCUGUUCUGUCCUGCUCCUGAUGUUAGAUAGUUAGGGUGUUAAUGGGUCUUCAGGACCAGGGCUGUUUCAUUACAGACCAAACCCCCUCUGCUCUGUCCUCCUCCUGAUGUUAGAUAGUUGGGUGUUAGUGAGUCUUCAGGACCACGGAUGUUACGGACCAAACCCCCUCUGCUCUGUCCUGCUCCUGAUGUUAGAUAGUUGGGUGUUAGUGAGUCUUCAGGACCACGGAUGUUACGGACCAAACUCCCUCUGCUCUGUCCUGCUCCUGAUGUUAGAUAGUUGGGUGUUAGUGAGUCUUCAGGACCACGGAUGUUACGGACCAAACCCCCUCUGUUUUGUCCUGCUUCAGGACCAGGCUGUUCCAUUACUGGCCCGACCCCCUCUGCUCUGUGCUGCUCCUGAUGUCAUCCUGGUGUGACCUUUUCCAAGAUUAAGUUUCUCUAGCUACAAGAGUAAUAAUAAUAAUAUCAACUAAACCUAUUUUCUGUUUACAUUUGACUGUUUAUUUGUGUCUACUGAAUGUGUGUUUGCAAUGUGUGUAUGAGUGUGUCAACAUCUGACUGUUUGUGUUUACCGUGUAUGCAUGUGUGCUUGGUGUUCACUUUUGCCAUUUUCAUUUUCUUAAUAUGGAAUCUGUUUUUGGCUGUUCUUAUUCUGUAUAAAGUAAUUCAGAUGUUCAGUUAAUUAUUUAUGUUGUCGCUGAUCGCUAAGGAGGAGACACUAAUGAUUACUGGGAUGUUGGAACGUGACAAAGGGCAUGUGUCUACUUUCUAUUUGUUGGGGUUUUAUGGGUUGGUUGGGGAGGGGGCCAUAGACAUUCGAGAGUCUUGAGUGAAGAGAGAAGGAAAGACAAGGGAGCGGGGAGCUCAUUACAUCUGACAAUACCACAUACAGCAUAUUCUAUUCUAGCCCUCUUCUGUUGGGCAGAGGGACCGUUCACUCAGGCCUGUGUGCAUCAGGGGCCUUGUGUUCUGGUUUAUCAUUUAAUAGGUGGCUUACAGAACCACAACAUGCUGUCCCUCCGCUCUAGGUCUGGCCCAACAUGCUGUCCCUCCGCUCUAGGUCUGGCCCAACACACUGUCCCUCCGCUCUAGGUCUGGCCCAACACGCUGUCCCUCCGCUCUACGUCUGGCCCAACAC